AGCUGACCUGGCUGCACACAACCACUCUCCCCAUAAACAGAGAGAGACAGAGACAUAGCUGCAAAGCAGAAACAGACAUUCUGAUCCCCCACCAGAAAGGGACAGGAAACCUCACAUCAAGGUAAUGACUGAGACAGAUUAACUAUGGAUUUAUAUAAAGAACAUUAAAUUUCUCACAAACACAGACUGAUACAAAUCUUUACUGGAAAAUGUAAAACUGAUUCAAAGAAUGACAUGUCUAUGAGAAGUUGUUCGCACUGGUUGCACUUAACCCUUUCAUGACAACAUCCCAAACUCCUUGUCCUGAAGGGGUUAAUAUUGGACAGGGAAGAAUUUGCAAGCAAUCUGCCCAGACUUCACCCCAGGAGACCCAUCAGUUCCUUUUGUACAGAUCUGAUGUAAAGAGGAACGGAUCUGCUCCAGUUUUAUCACAGCCAAGGCUGUGUUUGUGGGGGCUUCACAAGAAACAGAGAAGGUUCUAAUAUGGUUACGACUCUAGUGACAGAAAAGGGGACGGUAUAAUUUUAAGGACAGGUUAGCUGUAUUACAUUUUAAUCUUAAAAUGUUUGUGUGUAGGUGUGCGCUCACAAAUACAAGAUUUAAGGCAGCUGCAGGAAGUGAAAAUACUCAUAAAAUAGAUUGUUUGUUUUGAAUAACUAUAAAUAUGUUGAGAUUUAUUUAUUUUUGCCAGUUUAAUCUGCGUGCUGCCUUUUUUAAAUAAGAUGUUUAAUGUUGGUUUUAUUUCCAGAGACACAUUCUAGGAAUUACCUGUAAUCACUAAUCUGCUUCCUCGAGGUUGUAGAAUUAGUGCCGGGAGUAAAUGAACACACUUUAGUUUAUUAUUAUUAUUAUUAUUAUUAUUAGUGUGGACACAAGGACAGACACAGAUCAGAUAACUGAUUAUCAUUGUUUAAACGUUUGGCAGUAAAAGGAUCUUGGGGGUUCAAUAUUACUCACAAAAAAAUAAAAUUAAGAAGCUAAUUUUGUCAAACAAGUACAUAUUUUCAUUAAGAAAAUGUUACGUUUAAAAUAAAAUAACUGCAACAAACAUGUCUACACUGUUAAUAUGCUCAGGUUUUUGGGUGGAUAUUUACUGCAGUUUGUUUAAUACGAUGUUAGUGCAAGAGUGACGGUUUAAAUAACGGAUUCAAUGAGAUCGCUUUAUUCAUGUGACAGUUUACCAUUAAUAAAAGUUCCAUCAAAUUAACAUGUUGUAAAAACACAGACUGUGAAAUUAGAGACAAGACAAUUACCGCAAACAAUUCAAUCUAAAUUUCGAGAGGAAGACAGAGAGCAAAGCCUUUAUUGAGAUGCAAGAAAAAACGCCUCUCGUGUCCACUCCAUGUGCAGAUAUCACACAGUAAAGGGGACAGAUAACACGUGGGCUUCAAGGGAAUGUAGACAAUAUUUAUUAAAGGCAUCGAAGAGGAAAACAAUGAUCUGAUUCACUUUGAGUUCAGUUUUAAUCCAUUAGCAAUGUUUUAAUAAGACAAAGGAUACAGAAUCACAUUCCCAUUAACUGCAGGGUUCACAGGGACACCCGUUAAUGGGUGUGAAUUAACCCUUAGAACCUCCAAGAUUCGGGAGCAAACUUUAUAUUUUGGAGACAUAUGUUGUCUAAAUUUGAGUCUUUCAUGUGUUUAGCAGGUGCAAUUUUUUAAAAUAUUUUACGUUUAAUAAAUGUGCACAUGCGUCUUGCAUUGAGAUCACAUUUAUAGUGCUACUCCUGGUUUUACUUUGAUUCUCAAUGAAUACAUGCAUAAUUAUGAAUGGUUUCAUUGGGAAUAUAUCUAAAAACAGCUUUAAAAAAACCUGCAUUUCUCUUGCCUACAGCCUUUACAAGCCCUCCCCUUCCAACCCCUCCCAGACUUUCUGUGGCUGUCCAAUCACAGACUUCCCAAUGCAGCUCAAUGAGAAGUAUUUGCAAGGCAGGUGCUCUGGACAAUUGUUGCCUCUUGAGUUUAGUUCCACUGAGCUAAAAAACAGGUGUCUGAUUGACAGCAUGUGGGUGUAACAAGGUUAAUUUAUAAAAGUGCCAAUUUCACAAUGUAAGCUAACAGGAGGGUGGCUGGAGAUAUACAAAAAAAAUAUCACUUGUGUGUGUGUGUGAGAGCGAGUGUCUGGGUGUAUGUAUGUGUGUGUGUGUGUAUAUAGAUAGGUCGGUGUGCUCUUGUUUCAGUGUGUGUCUGCGUGCGCACACACAUCUGUGUCAGGAUGUGAAUUUCUGUGUCAGGAUGUGUGUUUUUAUGUCAAUGUGUGCAUCUGUGUCAUGCUGUGUACAUGUAUCAAUUUUUGUGUGUGUCAGGGUAUGUGUAUAUGUCAGUGUAUGCGUGUGUUAAAGUGUGUAUGUGUCAGUGUGUUUGUAUGUGUCGGUGUGCAUCUCUGUGUGUAUGUAUGGGUCAGUGUAUUUAUAUGUAUCGGUGUGUUAAUGUGCAUGCAUAUUUGUAUAAGUAUGUAUGUAUGUGCAUACAUCCAAGCAGUCAAACACCAGCACAACAUACAAGCACACUCCUGCAAUCUAACGCAAAUUUACAUCCACAUUUAAAAGUGAACAUUACAUCCAAACACACGCCUGUAUUAAAACACAAACUAUAUACAAGCAUCCCUUUAAAACACCUACACUGUACAUUAAACUAUAGUGCCAGUAAAUGCCGCAGCGCUGUACAAAUAAACAACCUAGAACUUUUGAUUUGGGGUGCCUCGGAAAAAUAUUGAAAUAUUAAAGGAUCGCUAUAGGGUCAGGAAAACUACCAUGUAUUCCUGACCCUAUAGUGUUAAAACCACCAUUUAGGUGGCUUGCACCCAUUUAGCCCCCCUAUAAAAGUUUAAAACUUACCUUAUUUCCAGCGCCGCGCAGGUCUGCCAGCGUUGGCUCUGCCCCCUUUGUGACAUCAUCAAAAUGGACGAUUUUUAGCCAAUCCAAUGCUUUUCCAUAGGGAAAGCACUGGAUUGGCUAAAAUUUGCACGGGCGGGGCAAAUGCCGUUUUGGUCAAUCAGGACCUCCUCUUAGAGAUGCAUUGAAUCAAUGCAUCUCUAUGAGGAAAAUUCAUCGUCUCCAUGCAGAGCGUGGGGACGCUGAACGGCAGGGCUGCUUACUAUGCAGCCCUGAGCCAGGAAGCCCCUCCAGUGGCCAUCUAAAGAGUGGCCACUUGGAGGUGUCCCUAGAGUUUCUGUGUCCGAUUUUAGUUCCAUGAGAUUCAUGCCCAAACACCGCCACCUGUGUUCAUGCAAACAAGAUGGCCGCCACCUCGUGGUUGUCCAUAGGAAUUGUGACCACCCAGACAAACAAUUAGAACACUGCGGUGAGAACUGUUCCAAGGUCCUGGUUCGUGCAUCUGUUCGGUUCCCAAACAGGAUAGCAAAAAGGCACGAACGAGGUCUAUUAUGAGCCUUUUUGCAUAGUCCUGAGACAGGAGGCUGGCAAACAGGCCCCUCCAGGAACCAGUGGUGAGGUUACGGUCGCCACAAGAGGGUUAUUCAGAGACUAGAUACAUUUCUAUCUCAGGACAAAGUAAAUAUCUGGCGAAUCAGCUCUGUAAUGGAUGGUAUACAAAUGUAUUUUAAAUGCCACAAAUCCAAGGGGAACAAUUACUUCCAAGGAUUUAUUGGUUUGUGUGUUUAUUUAUAUCUAUAUUUAAUAUAUAUCUGUUUGUGAGAUGUAAAAAAUAAAAUGAAAUGUAGUAAUUCAAACCACUUUAUCCUACAACUGAGCGCCUCCAUCUUAGCUCCCUCUCAGCCAUUUACACCUGGCAGUCAGAAUAGAGAGCUUACACAGAGGAGGAGAAAUUAAACAGGUUACGAUUUCUCCUCUUCAUUAGCAUAGUGUGCCCUGGCUGUGCCUUGUCUUAGCUUGAUUAACCAUUUGCAAAAUCGUUAAUAUAAAUUUAAAGAAAAUAUCUCAUAAAAAAAUGAAUAAAAAAAGUUAGCACAAGUUAUAGGUGAUUUUCAGUGUUUUAUUUAAUAACCAAGUCUUAAAAAUAAAAAGAACCCACUAAUUAAAUUAAUCCUUAAAAUCAGUCCUAUCAUUUAUAAAUGGAACCGGAUACCAUUCUAUUUGAGAAUGCACCCAGUCAGAUAAUAUUUCUUAUCAUCAGUAUUACAGCUAAAUAACAGAGUGAUACUUAGUUUGUUUUUUUAAUCAGUCAGCUACAGCGAGCUCCCAGCACAACAGGUUUCUAGCACAUUACUAGAACAUUAAGUGACAAUAGUUUGUAUUUAGAAAGAGCAGGCCCUGGGGCACUUAAUUAAAAAGGAGUCAUUCCCUUAUAAACUGAUAGAACCAGUGGAAUCUUCCUGCCAUUUGCUCCCGUUUAAAGGGACAGUGUAGUCACUUUUACUAAUCUCAUUGAAGUGGUUAUAGUGCCUUGAAUCCCCUGACAUUAUCCCUUCAUUCAGUGAUAAAUUAAUCUUAUUGAAGUGGUUAUAGUGCCUGGAAACCUCUGAGAUUAUCCCUCCAUUCAGUGAUAAACCAUUUAAUCUUAGUGAAGUAGUUAUAGUGGCAAGAAGUCCCCCAGCAUUGUACCUCCAUUCAGUAUUAAUAUAAUAUAGAAUGCACACUAUAAGAACUUCAAACAGUAAAUAUAAUCUGACUUUAUUAUGUACAAAAAAUCUUAGUAACAAACAAUACCAAAAUAAACAAAAUAAAAGAAAUAGAGGCAAUACAAUAAUACAAUGGUACAAUACCAAUAAAUCUUACAAGCCACGAGGUAGAAACACAAGUCACCAAACCCCCCAACGUUUCGGCACCAACUGGCUGCCUUUAUCAAGGGUACAAAUAAUUUUUUAUAUAGAUAUUUGGAUAUUUAAACAUUUAAGGGAGUGUUUAUAUGGUUUGCACCUAGCUAUUUAAAUAUUAUUGUGUCUCUCCAUGUGAUUUCGGUUUUUGAUCCAUUCAGUAUUAUCCAUUUUUGAGAAGUUUAACACUGAAUGAGAGUCCCUGGCUUCCCAUAGCUCCGCCCCCACUUGAGGUUUGGCUAUGUCUGAGAUUACUCACUUCCUUGUAGUCAUACCGAUUCAUACCAGCAUUGGGCACUGUGAUAGGCUGAAAGCAGUCAGCUGACCCUCUCAGCCAAUCACAGCUGCCCAUUGCUGUUCAGAAUAAGCAGCACACAGGGGAGGGGCUCAUGGGGGCUCUCGUUUUACAUUAAAAAAUUAAAUAUACUUUACCUCUGCAUGGAAGUACGGUGCAAGGGGACUGCUCUCAAGCACAGGCCUUAAUAAGCUCAGGCCUUAUUUUGCCAUUCACCAUGCGAUGUAUAACAUCACAUUUGCCCACCCAGAAUCCCUUGCAGUAGUGAGAGCACUGUUAAAGUGAAAUUUCUGUGGGAAAAGCAAGUCUUAUGGCUUGACUGGUGUGCAGAUUUUAACAUUGUAUUAACUAUCCACAGAUUUCAGGUGGAAGGGGUUUUCAAUCACAAUUAUUUCCGCACCAUAACCUUUUUGGGAUAUAAAAAAAUAAAUGUAAAAAAUUGAUUUCUCACCCCUCCUGGGUGGUAUGUUUAUUCCUCAUUCUCAGGUCCUCUACCAGAGGCCUGGGAGUCUGAGGGUUCUGCACAGUAUCCUCUGGACAGCGAUCUCAGAUGUCCCACCUGGAAUCUGUUGAAGCCUCUCCCCCCACUUGGGAGUCACAGCCCGAGUGCUCCAAUCACAACUGGGACUACUACUGCCUUCACUUUCCACAUCCUUUCUAGUUCUUUCAGUCCCUGGUAUUUCUCCAUCUUCUCAUUUACCUUCUUCCCAAUGUUAUAGUCACUGGGUAUUGCCACAUCCACCAUGACUGCAAUCUUCCAUUCCUUGUCUACCAUUACGAUGUCUGGUUGGUUGGCAGGCACUUGCUUGUCUGUUUCGAUCUUGAAGUCCCACAGGAUCUUAGCCCUGUCAUUCUCAACUACACUUUGUGGUAUCUCUCAUCUGGACUUUGGCAGGUCCAAUCCAUAUUCUGUGCAGAUGUUUUGGUACACAAUCCCAGCAACUUGGUUGUGUCUCUCCAUGUAUGCUGUUCCUGCUAAUGUCUUGCAUCCGGCUACUAGGUGCUGGACUGUCUCAGAGGCCUCUUUGCACAGUCUGCACCUUGGGUUUUGCCUGGUGUGGUAGACUCCAGGUUCUAUUGAUCUGGUGCUGAGUGCCUGCUCCUGUGUUGCUAGGAUUAGUGCCUCAGUGCUGUCUUUCAGUCUUGCCUUUCCAACCACUGGUAGGAGUUUGUCAUGUGAGCCACGUUCACAAUCUGCCGGUGGUACACCCCAUGGAGAGAUUGGUCUUGCAUCCUCUGCAUCCUCUGCAUCCUCUGUUGACGUCUCAGGCAUUCCUUUAGCAGUUCAUUUUUGGGAGCCAUAAACUCUGUUUCAUCCAGGACUGUGGCCUUGACACUCAACAGACUCCAUCCAGGCUGCAACCGGGCCGCACUGCUAGCGGUCCAGGGCUGCAUGCGGCCUGCGGUUGGACAGCCCUGCACUAAAACUUCUAAUAACAUUUUAAUGACAAAACUCAAUGCUGCAAACAUUUACAUUCACAUAAAAAUAAAGUUUGGCUAGGGAUUGGGUUUAUUAAACAGCGAUGGCUUAACCAGCCGAUGUCUCUGGGCCGUAUUUCCCAUUGUAUUCGGAAAGCCUAAGGCAGGUGUAGGCAACGUUUCAGCACACCAGAUGUUGUGGACUACAUCUCCCAUGAUUCUCUAGCAGCCACAAUGCUGGCAAAGCAUCAUGGGAAGUGUAGUGCACAAUAUCCGGAGUGUCAAAUGUUCCCUACCACUGGCCCAAGGCAAGCAAUAACGCCAAAUUUAGCCAUCAUUCCACUCAUUUUAGAGAACAAGAACCCUCUGACCUAGUUAGCACUUUGUGUUACCAAUAAAAACCAUUUUAUAUUCACUUUUACAGAUUGUUUCACAACAUCAAACAGCUCCAAAUGACAUUCUGUAAUUCUACAAUUAGCAUUUAUAAAUCCCCCCCCCCCCACAAUAAUAAAUACAUUCAAUGGAUUCCAGAACAAUAAAUGGCAUUAUCUCAUCAUUUCUUAAUAAUAAUAAUAAUAGAUUAUAUCAGUAGUUUCAUAAUUUGCUAUUUUACCAUCCGAAGCCAAAAUGUAUCCCCCAAUGGAAUAAAUCAAGCCAUAUAAAAAUUAUUCAUUAAUUCUCAUUUAAAAUGUACACCAUAGAGUCAUUAUUAAAGAUAGUCAUUAAAGCUGCAGGUGUCCGAUCUAUACACCAAAACCACUUAAUUAAGCUACAGUUGUUUUGGUGCUUAGAGCGCGCUAAGCCUGCUGUAAAGUGUGGUUUAUAUAGAUCCCAAGCCAACGGAUUCCAGGGAAAAACAUAUUUGAAAAGAAAAACUCUAAACGAAGAAACAGAAUGUCAGGAUAGCUGAAUAUCACAGACAGGUCUGCUUUAGAUGCAAUAAGAUUGUAUCACACCUAACGACAAGACAUGGGUGCGCCUUCUGCAGAUACAAUACCGACUCACACAAUAAAAAAAAUAAAAAAACUUUUAAAAACGAACAAGCAUGCAUUUUAUAACACAUGCCUCAAAUAAAAAGAUAAAGUCAACAAAGAAUAUAUCCUAACAGACGUCUUAAAACAUAAAGUGAUACAAUUUAUUUUUUACUCUUAUACAAGUUCCAGCCUUGCCCUCUCAGUGACCCACAGCCCAAUAUAUCCCACCCCAUUGUAAUAAUAUAAUCAAUGCUAUUCACUUCACCUGUAAGUGAGUUUAAAUUGGCGCCGUCACGGCCACAACUGUUUUUUUUUUUUUUUUUUUUUUUAAACCCUGAUGCCACUACAUCGGACUGUCCCCCUAGUGAUCCCCAAAUGCCCCCCAAUAUGAUCCCCAUAUUAGCUUGUGACUGCCACUGCAGCUUUAAUGUUGUGUCUGUUCAGUGUAUAUACAUUCUCACAGAAUUCAGGACACUCACUCAACACCAGAUUCUAAGCUUAGAAAAUGUAAAAUUAUUUUUAAUCUUUUACAAACACCUGGCCUAAGUAAAAUAAUGGGGAUUAAGUAUCAGUAUAUUUAGAUACAGUAUAUCAAAAAUUGAUCAAUUCCCGGACUUACACAAAGACUGCUAAUAAGAGUGACUGUGAUGAUUAAGCUUUGUUUGAAAAUGUAAAACAACAAAAUAACAUUUGGCAAUGCGUACUGGGCAGCGCAGGUUUCUAAACCCUUUUACCACGAGUCUCAGUUUUCAUGUUUGUACACGGAACUUUCCAUGUGAUCAUAGACAAUUAUAGAUUACGGUAUACAAGAAUUUCAAUUAGCAUUUAACCUUCACCAAUCAGGAACCACUAACAUGGUUAAUAAUUCACUUUUUAAUGUGUCCAAUGUGAUCACGGGAGGUUUUACCCUAUAAAAACUCUAUUCCGUUACAUGACUGGUAUUUAAUCUAGCAUGUUAUUUUAUUAUCUUUAUUCUCUUUUAAAACAAAGUUCACAGAAUUGAUUUCUACAAUCAGUAGAAACGAUGCAUUUACCCCUUCGGAGGAGAUUUAAUUCCACCUUUGGUUUAGGCUGCCUUUACAUCUGUAGCCUUAUCAAUUUUUUUUCUUUUAAGUUCUUCUUAAUCAGAGAAACCCAUAGAUACCGUCUAGAAAAUUUAAAUGACAGGUGUUAGAUACUCAGAAGCCCUGCCAUUAUUAUUUCAGAGUAAAAUUAUAUGUCAUCAUGCAUAGUUGUAUUAUCAUGAAAGGCUGUACAACAGGGAUUUAUGGGAGCCAUAGUUUACUUUCAUCGGAGAAAAAGUAAAAAAAAAAAAAAAAAAAAAAGUUUUCUUAAAUUUCCGUCCUUAUGUCUUCUUUUCUAGGUGACAGCCUCCCGGCAGAAUGAAUUCCUUCUUACGAAUGAUAUUAAACAUUUUUUUAUGGCCCAAAAAAAGAAGGUCCAAGUCAAGGCUUGUCUCAAAGGACGGGAGAUGUAAUAUCGAGUUUGGCAACGUAGAAGAACAAUCAAGACUAGCCUUCUUGGCCGACAUUUGGACUACAAUCCUGGACCUCAGAUGGAGAUAUAAGAUGACCAUUUUUAUUUCAGCGUUUCUUGGAAGCUGGUUUCUAUUUGGCUUGCUCUGGUACGCAGUAGCGUACUUACACAAGGACCUUCCAGAGUUUAAUCCACCUAUAAACCACACUCCAUGUGUAGAAAAUAUUAACGGGUUGACGUCAUCCUUUCUCUUCUCUCUUGAAACGCAGGUAACUAUUGGCUAUGGAUUCCGAUGUGUGACCGAGCAAUGCGGCAUGGCAAUUUUCCUACUGAUCAUUCAAUCCAUUCUGGGAGUCAUAAUUAACUCAUUCAUGUGUGGAGCUAUCCUUGCCAAAAUUUCAAGACCAAAGAAAAGAGGUAAAACCAUCACUUUCAGCAAAUAUGCAGUCAUCAGCAAAAGGGCCGGGAAGCUCUGCCUACUUAUCAGAGUGGCCAACCUGAGGAAGAGCUUAUUAAUCGGCGGUCACAUCUACGGUAAACUAAUGAAAACCACAGUUACACCUGAAGGAGAAACCAUUAUCUUGGACCAAGUUAAUAUUGAAUUUAUUGUGGAUGCGGGAAAUGAAAACCUAUUUUUUGUCUCCCCACUGACCAUCUAUCAUGUAAUUGAUAAAACCAGUCCAUUCUUUGAAAUGUCAUCCGAUACCUUAAUGCAACAUGAAUUUGAACUUGUGGUUUUCUUAGAUGGAACCGUGGAAGCAACGAGUGCUACUUGCCAAGUGCGCACAUCCUACACCCCUGAUGAAGUUCUCUGGGGGUAUCGUUUUGCACCCAUUGUAUCCAAAACCAAGGAAGGCAAAUAUCGCAUAGAUUUUUCCAACUUUAGCAAGACGGUGGAGGUGAAUACUCCACACUGCGCUUUUUGUCUCUACAAUGAGAAGGAAGCCAGGGCAAAGGCAAAUAAAGGCUAUGAUAACCCCAGCUUUGUCCUCUCAGAACAAAACGAACCCAAUGACACAAAAAUGUAGCCUUACAAGACACUUAAGGCAUUUAAAGCAUACAAAUCUGUAUUAUAUCCAUAAAACAGACUAUUACAGUACAAAAAUGACUGUGAUUAUACAAGUGAAUUCUCCAUGAGAAAGUAGAAAUAGCAUAAUCAUCAUAAUAUGUCAAGUGUAUUAGAUUAGUGAGUUCAUCCUAGAAUUCUGGUAACCAGCUGCUUUUUAAUAAACAUAGUAAAAAUAAAAUGUAUACAAGUUUAGUUUUGAGGGCGCAAGGAUUAUUUUGAUGCAUCUUAACAGCAUUUGUGUGUAGCAUAUAUAUUGUAAGAUUGGAUAAGACAGCUACAGAAUGUACGCUUACAUGUCAUGGCAUGAGACAAGGUAAGGUGUUGGGUACAUGGACAGGUCAUUUUACCAGACACAAAUUCAUCCUGGAAAGUAUUACCUUAAAAAAACAUGAGAAAAUUCAUCAAUUCAGAAGGUCGUAUCCGAGACAAGUACAGUUGCAAAUAUUAACCAGAAUCAUGUAUCUAACCGUUAACGGUCUGAAAUUCUUUUGAAUUCACUGCAUAUUAUGCUAUGCUUAGAAUGAAAUCCAAGAUCCAGAUUGAGUAACUGGAGCGUAGAGUCAGACAGUUAUUGCCAGGUUUUGUCAUUUCAAAUAAAUAUUGAUUAAAAACCAAGACGCUCCUGUGAGUAAGUAAACAGAACAAAAAAACAAACAAAAACUAAAAAGGAAAACAAAAUACACUGCAUUUUUAUAACGUACUGCAGGACAGACAGCCCACAAAUAAAUUACUAAAAAUUGGAAUUUAAUAAUAAAAAGCAUAAACUGAAUCAAGUUAAUUUAAG